AUGGAGAACAACUUUCAUAUUCCUGACUUGGAAAAAAAUAAUUCGCAUACUGUUAUUCAGUUCUAUAUAAUUAAAAUUGAAAUUGACGAUAAACAGAGACCAAACCUUCAAAAGAACAAUCAAUCUAUUUAUUACGAGUUGAAGCACCAAUUGCAUUUGUCCCUUAACCAGUCAGAUGAGGGAGGAACUAACAUCAAAUAUUUCAACGAGGAUGACCAAAUAAGCAACACCAACUCUAAGGAAGAAAACGCUGCAUCACAUAAUCAUAAUCCUAUGAACAGGAGAAGUAAGAUAAAAACCAAUAAAACAAAGCAACAAAAUAAUCGAAACACGUGGAAACCAUCACUUAUUGUCUCUAUUGAUAACAUAGUAAGGCAAAGUGUCGAGGAAUAUAUGUCUUCUAAAAGACAGUACGAAGAACGACCAAUGGUUCACUGGCCAUCAAUGCAUUAUCUACUACUGUUUAAAGACAGACGUAUUGACGAUGAUGCCAUCUUAAAUAGGAACUAAUAGAAGAUCUUAUAAACAAGUCUAAAUUUUGCAGGUUAUGUAUCAUUUAUGCAAUAUAUAACAUUACUCUUUCAAAUAAAGUUUAAUCCAGUCAAUGUUAAUUGAGAAUGGAAGGUAGUUUGAGUUCUAGCUGAUUGACGUUUGUUUUACUUUCGUUAUAAUUGAAUGAAUUGGAAUCUGAACUCUCAUUAUGCAACAUUGGAGU